AAUGCAGUGGCGAUGACAUUUGGUGACUUCACUCAAUGCAAGCAGCAAGACCUCAGCAUGUUCUUCAUGUGAUGCUAUCAGAGCCAGAUUAGAAGGAAUUUCCAACCCAAGCAUAGAGAAGACAAGACCUGAACAUGCUGUGUCUCAGGAUGUUUGUUCUGCUAGGACUGAGCUGCACAUCUCAAGCUGUGUCCAGUGAUCCAUGGGACCAAUGUCGUGAGAACAGUUGUAAGGACAAGUUUGGAGAUGGCAAAUGUAACCGGGAAUGCAUGGAGUCACGCUGUCUUCGAGACGGCUUCGACUGCCUGAAGAAUCGGGGUUAUUGCAAUCCGCGACACACUGAAUAUUGUCGUGCGUAUUAUGCCAGUGAUCGCUGUGACCAGGGCUGCAACAACGCUGCGUGUGGAUGGGACGGAAGCGACUGCUUCAAAGAGCAGAGCCCUUUGUGGGCUAAAGGCACCCUGCUUCUUCAUACCAAAAUCCCAAAGCAAAACCUCUCGCUCUCUGUCACUCCUCUGCUCUGGGUACUCAGUGUCAUCCUGCAGUCACCCCUCAAACUGAGGGGAAACAUUUCCUUUGCAGCAAACUUGAAAUUGUUUGAAAUCAACCCUCAGAGGUUUGCUGACCAGCUGGCUCAUUCUUCACCAACGGAGUCUAAUGGUUCCCUCCUUUUCCUACAAGUCGACAACAGGCCUUGCUCCAGGUCACCUUCUACGUGUUUCCCCUAUGCUACCGAAGCCGGCAGUUUUCUACACGCUGUGAUAAUGCAGAAGCCUUCCACAUUUCCCACCCAGCCAGAGCUGAGCUCCAUUAUCAGUAUCAGAGGCAUCCAAGAGGAAAUAGGAAGCAGAGAGGAGCAAAGGGAAGUUGAAGAACAAACCCCUGCCUGGAUUUGGGCUGUAGCUGCUAUAGCAGUUGGCCUUCUGAUCUUGCUUCCUCUGGUGGUGUUCUUGGUGAUGAAGAGGAUGAGGCAGCGGCGAUCGGAGAACAACGGCAGCGUUAGGGUGAGACAUCGUCCUAAAACUGCUAACGAUGAUGACAGCAGCAAGUCCAAGGCCUGGAUGCAACACACACAACACCAAGAGCAACGUGUCCGAUCUAGCAGAGACAAAGAUAAAAUCAGCCUUCGGAAGAAAAAAAAGGCCAAGGAAGCCGAGAAAAGGAGGAGGAGGGAACCGUUGGGGGAGGACGCCAUUCGAAUGCGGCCUCUGAAAAGGGACCAAGAGCCAGGAAGUGACACAGACUUUACCCAAAGUUCAAUGGAGGACAUCAACAUGAGAUGCUCCAGACGACAGGAGGACCCUUCGAUCUGCGACCACAGGAGCCCAGAGCAGAGACAUUUUCGGCCUGGAACCACUCAGACCCGCAGGCCAAUACAACCGCCACCUAGAGGAUGGGAAAGGAAUGCCAUGCCUCCUCCUUUGCUCAGUCCUCCUCAGCAGUCAGCAGAGUGGUGUGGUCCAGAUGGGUCUGUGGUUCUAAUACGAGCUGUGCGUAGCGGGCUGGACAGGGUGGUUCUGGAGCUGUUGCAAGCUGGAGUUCCAGUAAACAACACAGACCACACUGGGAGAUCAGCCCUACACUGGGCAUGCUCAGUAAACCACCUCUCCCUAGCAAAGACCCUCAUUCGCUAUGGGGCUGCUGUGGACCUACAAGACAACAAGGGUGAGACAGCGCUUUUCCUCUCCUCCCUCCAUGGCUGCUAUGACACUACCAGGCUUCUUCUGCUUCAUGGUGCCAACCUGGAGCUGCAUGACCGGAGAGGCCGUCGUCCGAUUGAUGUGGCCAGAGAGGCAAUGCACCAUCAGGUCCUGGAGCUCCUACUGGCUCACCAGAUCCAGAGAGGGCCUGUUCCUGUUAAUACGUCCAGCGAUGUGAUGUGGGAGGAGCGUGCUCUGAUGUACUCCCCGUGGGUCAGUUCUCAGGGUCUCCCUGGAAGAAGCGCUUCAUUCUCUGGGAUGAUAGCCCAUCGAGACAUGGCCCCACCACCUCAAAAUGACUGGUCCAUGGGCCGGAUGCAAUACCCAUCUCCCCAGAACUGGAGACCACAGCUCAACCAAUCAGCAACGGCACUUGUUCCUCCAAGAGUCAUGGGCCGUUCCCCUCGGCCAAUCAGCACCUUACAGGAGGUGACCUCAGAAGAUGAGGAUCGUGACCGGCAUCAUGAAAACCCUCGAGCCACUACCCCUCAUUUCCUCUCUCCCCAGCCAACCCCCCGGCAGCGCUCUUUCUCAUGUACCCAACAUGCACUGCAGCGUCGCUCCAGCGCUCUACAGCCUGAGCCUAAUUACCUCAUUGUGACAGACAGAACAGCCAGCGAGCCCAUUGAAAGGGUGAUGGUUUCACCCCCACCGACCACUGUCGCCCAACCAGAUCGCCCACCAGCCAUGAACGGUGAAAAUGCCAGCAGAGUCGAACAGGCAGCAGUGAGUUCAGUGAAUACAGAGCAGAAACCCAACACAAACAGCACCACUGACUCCACACAAACAAUCCUGUAGGAAAAAGAAACAGGCAGAGAAAUUAAAGCUGAAUACAUCUUUGAAUUGAAUUGAAUUGAAGAGGAAGAGCAGGACUCGGAAAGAGCUAUAUGCCAGGUUUGUAUUAAGAAAAUCAAAAGGCUCUAAAACCAGACUCUUACUCUUAUUGUUAAUCUGUGUUUAUCUGCUCUGUUACCCACUGGAUGUAUUCUUUACUACUUUUUCAGUUCAGGCUUUUCCUAUUGUGGAGGGGGAUAUUGUUGUAAAUAUUGUUUUGUAAGAAUCCCAGUUAAUUACAAUUCAGAGAAAAGUCUUUGACAUUCUCUAAUUUAUUUAUAUUUUCUUUCCAAGCAGCUAGACUUGCUUGUAACCGUCUAAAGAAGUCAUACUGCACAGUUCUUCAGUGUUAAUGAAAGUUUCUUUCAGAAACAAGUGUAAAAGCAGCCAAAGUCCUAAGAAAAACCUUCAUAAAGACUGGAGAACUACUGAUAGAGAUGACUUUAAAGCUUACAACAAUCUGGCUCCUUGAAAGGCUAUUAUAAAGUAAUGAAAAAAUGCUCACGAUUUCUGCACAGGAUUGUUUAAAUUCUAGCAGCUUGUGUUCUGAUUCCUGCAGAAUUAUUUAAGGAGAAACACUUUUAGAGCUGUGUCUUAAAUCAGAAUACAGCUGAUAUAUACAAUAAAGCUACUUUCUAUACAUUCA